AAAAUAAAUAUAAAAAAAUCAUUGUUUACAGUGGAUCAACCAUCUUAAGGACCCGCAAAAAUUCAAAUAGGUCAAAUGCAAUGGUCCAAUGAAUACAGAUAUUCCCAGUGAAAUGUGAAUAAGGAUAUUCUCAAAGAAUAUGGGUAUCCUAAUUCAUAGCAGGAGCAGGGUCCAUGGACACCCAAAUGUCAGUGUUUCUUUGCUGCUGGUCGUAAUAUAUUUUGCCAGCUAAUGGCUUGGAAUUAUGAGACUGUCCAUUCCUCAUGUCUCUUGUUUCUGUAAUCUUCUCAAGUGCAAUGUCUUUUGCUUUUGUAAUCUUCCAAAUUGGAAUGGUAUAAAUGAUGUUCCUUUGGUUCUAAUUCCCACAAACACACAAUGGGCAAGUGUAAUUGUAGUCAUGGUGUUGCUGUUGCUUUCCCUUCCUCACCUCCAAUCCUAUCAUCCAAGUGACCUGAAGAUUGACUGUGGAGCAACUGAGACUUCAAGUGGGAAUUGGACGAUGAGUUCAUAAAAACUGGGCAGAACAAGCUCCUCCCUACGAGGAACAGCCAAAGAUCCAUGGAUACGCUUAGAUAUUUUCCAGAUGGAGGAAAGAACUGUUACAAUGUGGGACUGCAUUUGCAUAACAAAUAUAUUCUUCGGGCAGGGUUCUACUAUGGCAACUAUGACAAUCUCUCAAGUCCCCCAACAUUUAAUCUUGAAUUAGAUGGGGAAAAAUGGGCUAAUGUCACUACUUCUCUUAGUACUGACCCAGUCUUCCAUGAAGUGCUGUACUUUAUUAGGAAAAAGGAUGUCAGCAUAUGCUUAGAGCAAACACAAGAAGGACAGGUUCCCUUCAUCUCUUCACUUGAAGCCAAGAUUCUUAACCCAGGAAUGUACAGCUACAUGGACAUAAACACCGCAUUGUACUUGGAGAGAAGGACCAACUAUGGGGCCAACCAAAGUUUCCCAGAACGCCUUUCUGAUUACUAUGAAGCCUUCAGCCGGUUCUGGAAGCCGGAGCAAGUGCAGAAUUACCGAAACUUUUUUGGGAAAAAUAAGAGCAGUACGUCAUCUGCAGAGAAUAUCCCCCCAUAUCUGGUGUUGCAGAGUGCCAUAGAAGCAAAAAAUGUAUCAGACUCCAUCUUCUUGCCUAUCAAUCUUCAUGACAAGACUCAGCUAGUGGCCUACUUUGUAUUGUAUUUCUAUGAACCGUAUCCAUGGCCACCUGCAAACGAUACGAGGAGGCUCAUUGUUUCCAUAGACGGUGAAAGAAAGAACAUCACAACUGUCUCCAGAACAGAGUUAUCAGACGAUUGUGCAGUGGUGUCAGUAUACCCAGUCAAUGUUACAGGUACAGCCAACGUGACCAUAUCACCUGCUGAAGGAACCACAUUGCCACCCAUUCUAAAUGCCAUGGAAGUCUUCACCACAAUCGACUUCUCUAAGGCUGAUCCCUCGCUCCACUUCUAUUCCAUCUUUUACGUCUGUCUUUAUCUUUUUGGAGUUGCUGUGUGGUUUAAUUGAGAUUAAUUGCAGGGUUGAGGUCCUCGAGUAAGCUACAAAAUAUGGCGAAGAAUGUGAGGCAUAUUUUCAAUCCCAACAUAAAUUCACGCCAAGGAAUUUAUUCCACGAGUAAGGUGAAAAUAAUAGA